AUGCAAGGCCCUCUGGGCGAGACCAACGAACGCCCGUGGCUCCACAAUCCGCGCAACACCGCAAUCGUCAGGCACCGGACCCGCCAGCUCAUCGAGGCCGGUGGAGACACCUACGUGCCGUCAAGCGAGGCCACCAAAUACUUUGGCGUGACGGCAGCCUGCCUGCGCAAGUUGGCCGAUCGGGGCAACCUGCGCACGCGCCGCAUCGGCGACAAGGGCAAGCGGCUCUACCACUGCGGCGACCUCCUCUCUCAAUUCCCCGCAGUCACGCGCUCCGAGGAUGGACGCACCAUCCAGACCACGACGAGGCCACCCCGCAAGCGCAUCGCCUACGCCAGGGUCUCGAGCGAGAAGCAGCGGCCCGACCUCGAGCGCCAAAUCGCCGAGCUCCGACGCCUCUGCCCCGACCACGAGAUCGUCUCCGAAGUGGCUAGUGGCCUCAACUUCCGGCGCAAGGGUCUCUGCGCCAUUCUGGACCGAUGCUUCGCGGGCCUGGUCGACGAGGUCGCCGUGCUGCACCGAGACCGACUCGCUCGCUUUGCCACGGAGCUGCUGGAGCACGUGUUUAAGCGCCACGACGUCCGGCUCGUGGUGGUCGGCCAGGGCGAUCCAGCUGCGGCCGCCACUCUCGACGCCCUCGAUCCACAGCGCGAGCUGGCCGACGACCUCAUCGCCGUCACCACCUUCUUUGUGGCGCGACAAAAUGGCCUCCGCUCUGCGGCGCAUCGAAGAGCACGCCGCGAUCGAGCAGCCCUGGAGGAAGGCCGAGGAAGCACGACAAGCGAGCCUUCUGAGGAAGAAAGCGAGGAACGAGGCGGCAGCGAGGAAAGCGAACGAGAUGAGACAGACGGCAGCAGCAGCAGCAGCAGCAGCGACGACGGUGGCGGGAGGCGAAAAAGGCAAAGGACGAGUAGGAGGCGGCGGCGGCGGAGGGAAGCGGAAGCGGAAGGGACCGCCGGCGCUGAGGGGGGUGGUGAUGGGGAGGGUGGGAUGGUGGCUUUCGACGGUAAGACGCGGAAGAUAUGCGUCUUUCCAACGGCCCAACAGAAGACGCUCCUCAAGCGCUGGAUCGGCACCGUGCGCUGGACCUACAACCAGUGCGUCGCCGCCGUGCGCGGACGGCAGUGCGCGCCGACCAAGAAGGCACUGCGCGCUCGCUUCGUGACCGAGUUUGGCCUGCGAGAGGCGGAACGGAUCAAACGCGCCAAGAGCGGGGUCGGCGGCGGCGGCGACGACGACGACGUUGGUAUCUCGUGGGUGUUCGAGACGCCCCACGACCUCCGCGACCAGGCCGUGGGCCAGUUCGUUACGGCCUACAAGAACGCGGUCCAGGCACACGGGCGGGGCAAGUUCGACAUCGCCUUUCGGUCGGCCAAGCGCCUGCAGCAGGAGACGGUGGUCAUUCGCUCGAGGGACUGGAACCGGACCCGAGGCGAGUACGCGCCGAUCUUUGGCAACACCGUGCUUCGCUCGAGCGAGUCGCUCCCGGCCAAGAUGGACCACGAGUUCCGGGUCAUGCGCACCAAGCUCGGGCGGUACUACAUCUCCAUACCGGUGCCACUGGAUGUGAAGCAUCCGAUACAGCAACAGCAGCCCGACGCGGUGGGAGGGGGUGAUAACCAAGCCCCCGCCGUCGCGCCACACGCUGCUGCCGCCAUCGAUCCGGGCGUGCGGACGCCCUUCACGGUCUAUAGCCCCGACGAGGCGCGCGUCUACGAGCUGGGUGCCAACGACUUUGGGCGCAUCAGGCGACUGUGCCACCACCUCGACGAUCUCGUCAGCCGCACGACCGACCGCGACGUUAGAAAGAAGCGGCGCCGCCGGAUGCGUCGGGCCGCUGCGCGUAUGCGCCGGCGCAUACGCGACCUGGUCGACGACCUCCAUCGGCGGGCGGCCAAGUGGCUGUGCGAGACUUUUGAGACCAUCAUCUACCCGCACUACGAGACCAGCAACAUGGUCGUCGGGAAGAGCAAGCGGCGCGGGCUGCACUCCAAGACCGUGCGUGCAAUGCUCACCUGGUCGCACUUUCGGUUCAAGCAGCACCUGCUCCACAAGAUCCGCGAGUACCCGUCGGGAUGCCGCGUGGUGCUGGUCGACGAGUCCUACACGUCCAAGACAUGUGGCGGGUGUGGGCGGAUCAACCACGGCCUGGGCAAGAGCAAGCUCUUCUGGUGCGAGCAGUGCGGUUUCCGCACGGACCGGGACUGGAACGGCGCGCGCAACAUCUGGCUCAAGUUCCUCACGGAAUGGUGCAACGGCAGCAGCCGCGGCAACGACGAUGACGACAAGGAGCAGCAGCAGCAGCAGCAGCAAUAA